AUGUAUCUUUCCAUUAGUUUACUCCCAAUCCUCCUCCUCCUCGUAAACACCGUUGCAGCAGCAACCGAAACCACCUGCAACGGCUACGACGAGUUAUGCAACCGCCGCUAUUCCAACAUCACCUACGUCGGUGCCCACGACUCCCCCUUCAUCGGCAGCGCGCGUAACUCGAGCAUGACCAACCAGGACUGGGCGGUGGCUGAGCAGCUCGAUCACGGUGCACGUAUGUUACAGGGUCAGAUACACGCGCAGACAGACUCCUCCCUCCACCUCUGCCACACCAACUGCUUCCUCCACGACGGUGGUGCGCUGCUCGCCUACCUCGACAGCGUCAAGCGGUGGCUCGACGAGCAUCCGCGGCAAGUUGUCACCCUCCUCUUCACUAACAGCGACGGUGUGGAUGUGGAGCGUGUCGCUGAGCCGUUCCGCCAGAGUGGCUUGCUCGAUAUGGCGUAUGUGCCGAGCGAUUCGAAUCGCAACUCGUGGCCCACGCUGUCCACUCUCAUCGAAAACAAUACACGCGUCGUUAUCUUUAUGGACUACCACGCUAACACCUCCAAAGUCCCCGCCAUACUGGAUGAAUUCGACUAUAUUUGGGAAGACGCUUUCAAUGCCGUUGACGCGUCGUGGCCUUGCCAAGUAGAUCGCGGAGACGGCGAGAAGGGCAUGUAUCUUCAUAACCACUACCUCGACAAACAGAAGAGCCUGCUCGGCACACAGUACUUCACCCCAGAUAUUGACCAGCUCCCUACUACAAACGCAGCUACUGGGGAAGGAUCAUUGGGCGAUGGCAUACAGGGGUGCACUGCGAAACAUGGCCACCCACCUACUUUUGUACUCGUCGAUUACGAGUCUCAUGGUAAUGGCAGCGUUUAUCACGCUGCUGCCGUUGCUAAUGGAUUGAACUAUCACAAUCCAGGCACUAUCCACCCUCCUAAGGCAGCUAAUGAGGAAACUAACAGCAGCAGCAGCACCAGCACCAUUAGCAUAAGCACAGCGGGAAGCUUGAUUGGGUUGCUUGUGGUGCUCAUCAUAACAAUAUAA